AUGAAGUGGUGUUGCUCUGCCAGCUUCGUCAUCGUCUCUCUUACAGGAUUCUGCAACGACGAAUAUGAGAAGAUUGUUGUGUACGAGUACAUGUCCAAUGGAUCUCUAAAUCGACACCUACGAGAGAUAUGCAUAGGAGCAGCAAGUGGACUACACUACCUUCACACCGACACUAACAACAUUCUUUUGGAUGAUAACAUGCAGCCAAAACUCACAGAUUUCGACCUUGGCGUACACGGAGCAUGUUUUAUGUCAAAGCCAAAACCAAUUAAAGUAGAGAAUGAUAUUUAUAUGGGUACUUGUGUCUACAUGGCUUUGGAGCAUCUCAGGGAGCAUAUAGUCACAGAUAAAUCUGAUGUCUACUCAUUUGGUAUAGUUCUACUAAAGUUGUGUGGGGAAGAAACUUUUAUGGCAUGGCAACAAGAGGAAAACUUGGCUGAAAAUCUGUUGAGAGAGAAACUGAUCCUGAUAUCAAAGGAAAGAUUGCACCAGAGUGUUGGCAAGUCUUUAUAG